AUGAGCACCAUGACCGAAGCUGUAUCGCCCCCGGUUCCGGUCUCUGCGGCCAAGAAGAAGUUUGCGACGCCUCCCGUCAAAAUUGCUUGCCUUGCCUGUCGAGCAUCACGAACACGAUGCGAUGGGUCGACUCCAUGUGCUAGUUGCAAGAGUAGAGGGCGCGAAUGCGUCUACAAGCCCAGCCGGAGAGGCGGCGCCCGUGUGAGGAGAAAGCCGCGCCCGGCCGAGGAGCUGGCUCAGCAGGUUCAGGCCUUGAAUGGAGAGAUGCCUCCUGACGAAGUUGCCCAUCAAGACCGUGAGUCGUUGCGCUUGAGAGCAGAGUCGGACCAGUUCUUGACCGAGGCCACAGCCAUCUCUGUCCAAAACUACAUCGACCCUGGCGCUGGCCUGAAGCAGCUGCAGGACUUUUUUCAGGACAGCGACUUCAUCUUUGACACUCUGUUCAUGUCGGGCGUGCCGGGGAGCACAAGUGGCGAGAGCGCUUCCGAGAACUCGUUCAACUUUUCCCCGCCUCAGGUUCCCGUUGCGAGAACCUACAAGAGUGACCAAGCCAUCCUCGACGCCUACUACAUCUUCAUCCACCCCUUCUUUCCCAUCCUGCCGCCGCCUGCCUCCUUGCCCAUGGACCAGGCCGUGCCGCAUUUCCAGAACGACACGGACGGCUUCGCCGACGAGUACCAGCCUUCGACACCCCUGAGUCUGGCCAUCUCUGCCAUUCUUGCCCUGAUUCCAUGUUCCAACGACACCAACCAUCUGAACAAAGAGUCAGUCGUCUUCCGCCGGAGAUAUGCCCAGUACCUGGCCCAAUGCGCCAUCGAGAGCAUCGAAAUCGAGUCGGAACUCCCCGAUUCCUCCAUUGAACCACCAAAAGCGCUCAACGAGUCCCCUGACGACUUCCACAGGGAGCAGCUCCACCCCGGCGUGCCCGUAGAGCUGGAGAGCAUUGUUGCCUUGGACAUCCUCAGCGUUUACGAGUAUGCACAAAGGGGCAACCUGAAGAAGAUGCAGGCCAGGGCAGGCCAGGCUUUGGUGGCCGCCAUGUCCCUGUCGCUUCACACCUGCACCGAGGAUGACGAACAUUCCGAGGCCAAGCGUAGGGUUUGGUGGAUGACGUACAUCUGCGUAUGCCAGGGUUCCAUUGUCAGCAACACGGUAUGUCUUCUAGUCCCAUUCCUUCGAAGAGCGUUGACUGACACGGCCGAGGAGCCGACCUUUUCGGUAUUCACGCCCAGCUAUACGGCAAAAUACCCUGUAAUCCAAUCCGACCCCGAGGCCUUUGCUGUCUACAUCCAGGCCCAGCAAGCGAUUCUUUCGGCAACCCAGUUUGUCAUUGAGCUCAACAAGACGGUCAAAUCCGGAGGUGACAUGACCCGCAUCUACACGCGGAUGAAGGAGAUGGAGCAGUACCUCGAGCCCCUCAAUGCCAUGGCCGACUCCUGGAUCCUGCAGUCGACGACGACAACGCCACUCGAUCCUACGGAGGAAGUCCUGUCUCGCUCGCUAAGGUGUAUGGCUCGCAUCAAGCUCAACAGGCGAGUGAUCCAAAGUGCGCGGAUCAAGUUGCACCGAUACUGCGCCUUCUUUGACAUGCCCGUUUUCUCCGGGAAGCACUGCGACCUCAAGUCUAAAUCCGAUAACGACGGCAACACGGAGCCGCGAUCCUGGCCAUCAUGCUCUUGCAGUUCCAUGAUGAGCCUGCCGUCACCCCCAGUGCCCACCACUUCGAACGGAUCGACGACGCCCACGGACAAGAAGUCUUCCCCUCACUCGGAACACUCGCCCAAUGGCAACUCGCCGGCGGCGUUCCCCUUCAGCAGUCAUCAGUCGGCCAAGAUCUGCCUCAAGGCGGCCAUUAACAUUGCCCAGUCAUUCGACGACCUCCCAUAUCCCAAUCCGUUCGGCCAGCUGUGUCCCCCGCCGUGUUAUCUGGCACCCACUUCGACCAUCGUUUGUCCGCGGACCAUGCCCUCGUUCGCCUGCUGCGCCAUGCAGUGCGCUUACGCGUUGCUCAUGGUCAACCACAAGACGAAGGCCAUGUACCCGGAGAACGCAUUAACCACGCCCAUGGUGGAGAGCCUUCUGCUGCGUCUGCAGACGGGGCUGGCCUCUAUCUCGGCGACGCUGGAGAACUACGCCACGGCGUUUGAGGCACUUGGCGGGAUGCGCGACCAAAUUCGGAGUGUCAUUGAACCCACAAUGAUGUUUGAGACUCCGGUCUAG